GAAAAUGUGAAUGUGUUUGGAAAGAUGAUCGCCAGCCAGUUGCUUCCGCGCUCAGUCAUCGCUGCUCCAUCGUAGCAGACGAGCGUGCAUCUCGCAGAUAAUGUUGUUACACUUAAGCCCAUUGGUGCUGUGCAUCCUGCCGCUGGCGGUCCUCCUCAUCGAGGCAAGAACUCAGCCCAGUGGUGACGCUCGCAUCGUGUUCCCAAAGGACGACGAGGAAACCAGCUAUAGAUUCACAUAUCCGAGCACGAACUCGAUUACGACGACGACGACGACGACGACAGAAGAACCCGCAUCCACAAUAGCAUCACGUGCGGAAAGCACCAACAGCUCAGAACAGAUGAGCAGCGGAUCGGAGGAGCUGGAUAAUGAAGGCACCACCAUGCUGCCCGUCAUAGACAACCGAAUUCUGCUGGAGACGACCCGAAAGUGUAAGCCUGGCUUUGAGCUGUUCGGAAAACGUUGCAGAAAGCCGGCUUAGUCUGUAGACUCUAAGAUUGAUGUUAGUCAAUAAAGUGAUAUUUGUAUAGAGCUAGAGA